ACUGAACUCUGCCUCCAGCUUGCCCAUCAUCACCUCCAAUCUGACAACAGCAACCUGCUGCCACAACCACCAGAGGUCGUAACUCCCUCAUUACUAAUGUACACGCUUUCUCUCACACGCUUGACUUGGAGGAGUCACUAAAACCGUGCAGAAAAUGAUUUCACACCCCAACAAUACAUUGUCACAACUGGCCCUAGAAGCUGGCCUGACCUUAUCGGUUUAAGGACAAUUUUUUUUGCUCUGAGCUAAAUGUUAGACGUUUGUACUCGCAUCUCAUAGUGCCGCGCUGCGCCGCAUAGUGAUGGGUGGACCGAAGGCAGCGCUCCCCGAGACUCAUCCCUAAAAAAAGCUCAAUGCCUCUUCCUCGGAGCCGCGGACUGCAGGCGAGACCCGUGGACCGCUUCGUUAACUGUCCAGACACGGAUUGAUUGAUCAGAUGUCUUGUUCACGACCGAAACUUCAACUAUGCAUCCACUGGAAACGCAAAUGACUCCCAGUUUGAGGAGUGCGCGGAGAGAUUUCACCAAACUGCCUGCCUGCGGCGCGGCGGCUGGAGACGGGCGCUCACCGGGAUGGAUAAGAGUGCGAGAAGCAGGGUGGUUUCGGAGAACCAGGAGAAGAGAUGGAGCAGAAGGGAUGUCUGCAAACUGUCUGUUAUACAUAGGAAUGGUCUUACUUCUGUUGCAGUGUGCGCAGGCCACAGAGGAUGAGACGAACUACGACGCCUCUGGUUCUUCUGAUGUACCCAAUGACACAACAGCCUCCGCUUAUCCCAUUCACCCAUUGGCCGGCUUGCUGUUGGUGGAUGAGGAGCCUUUAUCAGUCGUCCAACCAGAUGGCAGGGCUGUGUCAGAGGGGGUGGGCCUGAGAGAGCAGCCUGCCUUCUCCUCCAUACUGACCCUGCUGGCGGACAAACACCCACUGAGCCUGGUCCGAUCCAAGGCCUCGCCAACCAUCACCAAGGAAAACAACCAAACCAGCCUGUGGCCUUCGGUUGCUCCCUUCUCUUCUUCUUCUUCUGUGGAGCCGAGCAGAGACCUGUCUGACAGCUCAGAGACAGCGAUGGAGGAGUUAACCGUGGGAACAUCCAGAGAGACAGGGGUUAAUUUCCCCAAAGACAACGAGACCAGAUUAUCCCAAACAGGGAACCUCACCUUAGCUGACAGGCCUGCACUCACAACAUCACAGGUGUCACCUUUGACCCCCCGAGAGGACACAACGACUGCAUCCCUCCAGCUCACGACCGUGACCACCACAACCAUAGCUUCAACCACAACCACAACACAGCCAAUCACAGAAAGCCCAACCACGACAACAACACGCAGAACCACCACCACCACCACUGCUCCAGCCUCCAGGAGAACACUGUCACCUCCAAUCCCAAAGACCAAACCCAGAGGGACGACCACCCCGUUCCCCUUCACCACCACCACGGAGGCUCCACCCCGGCAGUGUAACGUCACAGAGAAGAUCUGGGUUAAAACAAUUCUGACCAUCCAUGUGAGAAGGAACCGCCUGGACAGCAUUCAGAGACAGAACCUGCGUAGAGGGCUGACCCAGGCUCUGAGUAGAGCUCUGAAUGACACCACUGCCCAGGCUCAGGUGGAGACUGUGUUUGGCUCUCCCAACGUGACGGUGGGCUACCACGUAAUUGGAGCAGACAUGGUGUACCCGCCCUCUGUGGUGGUCGAGGCACUUCACUCCUACGGCCGGGAUAGGCUGAUGGGUGACGUGCGACAGUUUGUCCCCAUGGUAACGGCGCUGCCCAACACAGCCGCUCCAUGGAAACCCAGCCCAGCUAUCAGCCUCCAGCUCAAAACAGUUUUGCGCUUCGUAGGUCCAGGAGAUGACCCGCGUUCCUGUCGGUUCUCGCAGAUGAUGGAACAGAGGCUGGAGAACGUGUUCUCUGAGGCCCAGGCCAAAGUCCUGGACGUCCACACCAGACUCUCUGUCCAGAUGCUGAGUGUUUCUCAGUCAGUGGGUUCUCCUGCUGUGUCUCUGGUCUACAUGGUGAGGAAUGGGACCGCCCCUCUCAACGGCACCGCCGCCUCUAACCUCCUGGGUCAGCUGACCGCCGAGCUGGUCGGCUACUUCCUGUUCUACCCACCGCUGGUCAUUGCUGAACCGUUGGAAUACCACAACCUCAAUACCUCCAUCGCUACCAGAGACUUCUGGGUAAUCACAGUCAUCCUGGAUGUGGAUAACUCAUCUCUGGAGAGCCAGUACCAGAGCUUUGCCAGUCUCAUGGAGCAGCGCCUGGCUGAGCUGUUUGUGGUUGCUCGCCAGCAGGGCACUCGCUUCAGGAGAGCCACCACUGUGGACAGCUACACUGUCCAGAUGGUGAGUAUCCGUCGAGUGAUGGGUCAGAAGAACCCAGCAGAGAUGACCUACUACGUUCAGCUGAAUGGUCGUCCGUUACCGGGCACAUCAGCCGCCAAGGUCCUGAACACGCUGGACUCUCAGACCAUGGCCCUCACACUGGGUUACUUCGUUCAGCUGCAGGCUGAACCCGUGGUGAAGAAUCCUCCAAACAAUCUGUGGAUCAUCGCAGCGGUGCUGGCCCCUAUCGCCGUGGUAACGCUCAUCAUCAUCAUCAUCACCGCCGUGCUCUGCCGGAAGAACAAGAGCGACUUCAAAGCCGACGCCAUGGGCAACCUUAACCCCCGUGUCAAGACGUCAUAUCGGAGGGAUGUUACAGGAUAUUACCACCAGCCUGUCCAGGGUUUUGACUAUGCCAAGCAGCACCUGGGCCGGGUGCAGGGUGGGGAGGGAGAGACCCUCCCUGUGACCCAGGACACCCUGAUGCUGCCCCUGCCCAUCCGGGAAGCCCCCCUCUCCCUCUCCCUGGAGAAGGCCCUGCACCAGGACGGCACCGCCAACAAGAAGACCCUCAACUCAGACAUACGCAAGAGCAGGUUGCCGAGCGAGGACGGUUCCGUCAUCAGCAACGAAUCAGAGAAGCUCAACUCUGGUCGGGGCUCGGCGGCUCAGAAAGUCACAGCACAGCAGAAAUUGACAAAGGAGGAGACACGCAAGAAGAACGAUCCCUACGACACCUCGUUUGGUUCCCUGCAGCUUAUUUCCAUAAAGCCCAUGACUGCUCCGCCCACCUAUUCACACCCCGCCUCCUCUGACCGCAGCCAAGACUCAGCCAUCCUCAAUGGAAAUGGAGAGGUGAACCUAGCUCUGAAGCAGAAGUCCGACAUAGAGCACUACAGGAACAAGCUGAGGCUGAAGGCUAAGAGGAAAGGGUACUAUGACUUCCCCUCAGCGGAUGGCAGCGGGAGUGGUAGCAGGGCGCUGGCACAGAGGCAGAGACACGGACAUGAGAGGGCACCUGGAGAGCAUGGCCCACCACUGGAGCCUGAUGAAGACCGAGCAUCCACCUACGUCAAGUCCAGCAGGAGACAUUCUCAGGUGAGGCAGCGGACCUAUCGGAGCAGGCAGAGCCUGAACAGCCCGAGUACCGGAGGAACAGAGAUGGACCUGCUGGUUAUGAGGGAGAGACCCAGGAGAGGCAUCAGGAAUAGCGGCUAUGACACUGAACCGGAGCUGAUUGAGGAGACCAACGUGGAUCGUCUGAUUGGCCCGCGGGGGGGUUAUGUCUGCCCCAGAGGGGUCAAAGGUCACUCAGAGACCUCCACGUUGAGCUCCCAGCCGUCCAUCGACGAGGUACGCCAGCAGAUGCACCUGCUCUUGGAGGAGGCCUUCAGCCUGGCCUCAGGGGGACACUCCUCCACAGCCGGACGCCACCACCACUCCCAUCAUCCCCACCCCCACCACGGUUACCACCACGGCCACUACAGCCCCGGACCUCCACCCCUGCCCUACUCUGACGUGGUGACCAGUGCCCCGGGAACCAUGAGCCGUGGCCGGGGAGGAGGGCUGCAGUGGGUGCCGGCGUACGGAGCAGACAUGUAUCAGUGCAGCCUCCCCAAACCUGCCUUUAGGUUCACCCAGCUUCCUGACAUGGUUAUGACCUCUCCUCCACCCCCUAUUCCCCCUCGCACCGGCCCCCCUCCAGGGACCUCUCUAAGACGCUCGUCGCCUGACCUGGGGUCCACGGCCAGGAUCUCAGAGUCUGGGACCAACAUGACGGAUAUGCAGACCCAGCAUAAUGACAGCAGCGCCCCCUAUGUCUCUCUCUCUAGAGCAGCACUCCCCUCAGUCCCCCUCUCCAGAGCAGCACUCCCCUCAGUCCCCCUCUCCAGAGCAGCACUCCCCUCAGUCCCCCUCUCCAGAGCAGCACUCCCCUCAGUCCCCCUCUCCAGAGCAGCACUCCCCUCAGUCCCCCUCUCCAGAGCAGCACUCCCCUCAGUCACAGCAGAACAGCCGAUGUCCACCUACUCAGGAAACCCCAUCACAGCGGUGUACGCCAUCCCAGCCUCGCGGUCGGGUUACUCUGAGUACUUUGCCUCCACGCCCCCGUCCUCCUACCACAGCCCAUCCUGGAUGUCCUACCCCCCCGAGCCUGAGGACGUGCCCCCCCAGUGGGCUGACUCUGUGGCUCUCCCAGGGUACGUGGAGGCCUUCCCUCAUCCCCGCUACCCUCAAGGCAGCUCCCCCAGACUCCCCCUACACUACGGCCAUGCCAUGGGGCCACCCCCCACCCCGACCACCGCCGCGUCCCAGCAGAGCCUGCCCGAUGCGGGGGAGCCCAGAGACAGAGUCCCCCUCAGCAGUCUCUCCACAUCCGCCCUGGUCCAGGCCAUCCGCCAGGAGGUGGCAAAGCUGGCCAAGAAGCAGACAGACAUGUUUGAGUUCCAGGUGUAAUCCCUCCCUCUAGUGGCCGGGAGGUGGAAUUGCAGCAUUCUCUUUUCUGAACAUGCUGUAACACUAGAGACAAAACAAACUCUCAAACUCAACUUUUUUGACAUUUGUAUAUUAAGACUGAUAAAAGCCUCUUUCUUUCUAUUUCUCGCUCUCCCCCACCUCUCUCAAAGUGGGAAAAUCCCACGUUUCUCUGAUGUGUUUCAUCAUCAUGCUGUUAUUUUGGAGUUACUGAAGAGUGAAAGUGUUCUAUCUCAAACUGUCAGUCAUCUCUUCUUAACGAUGUCUCUAUAGUUACAUUACCUGUUCCUUUACAUUGUACAUAUGUCAUCCCCACAUCUAAAGACCUGUAAUAAUGAAAGAUGAGUGUUUCUCUAACCAGGACAGUAACCUUAGCAACCCACAGAGGAGUAUGUCAUGACAUCAAUAGAACAAUUGAUGAGGCAGAGAGAGUCGUCACAUGUUCAUGCACAAAGGUCCAACCACUUCAGAACAUCAGAAUGAAGUGAUAACGAGCCAAGGGUUUUAGGAGGAUAUAUUGGCACGGUUGUUGUUAGGCCUGAGACGAAGUCGAGGGCAGGCAGACCGUGGCACUAAAUCCUCCAAACACCGGUUUCGAGGGCAGGCAGACCGUGGCACUAUAUUCUCCAAACACUGGUUUCGAGGGCAGGCAGACAGUGGCACUAUAUUCUCCAAACACCGGUUUCGAGAGCAUCACUUUUAUAAGAAGUGUUACCAACAUAUUCAAAUAAUGAUUGACAUAUUUUCAUUAUUAUUAUUUUUUAAAAUUAAUUUAGUCAUACUAUUACAUCCUUCUACAAGAUAUAGUCCUGACACAAAUCUAGCCGGCUUGUCGUUCGUUCUAUCAGUUCGGUUGCUACAGUAGAGAAGCACAGAGUCGUUCAGUCUUUUUGUUCUGUAUUUAUGGAUGUGACCCAGUCAUUUGUUCUAAAUGUUCUGUUUCCAUGCCGGCUGGCAACGUUCUUAUCCUUUUCUUUCCUGUUAGCCAACUAAGACUAACUUACAGCUAGAAUAACAGCAAAGUAGUUGCAUUUGUUUUAGCUGUUUUCUAGAGAUAUUUAUUAGGAUUAAUCCAUAACAAUGAGCUAUUGAGGCUCGAUUUGUCCUGGCAUACAAAAUGUGCUCAUUUGUCAGGACACUGUUGUUCAGAGAGGCUAACCAACAACACAGCUAACACAAUCACUUCAAACUGAAGCUGGAAAGACUGCAAACUAGCUGCACUUCGUUUCAUUUGACCUUUUUUCAAUUUACAUUUCUUUGUAUAUAUCCAUAAAAACGAUACCAGCUGAUUCAUAAUUUUGACUUGUUGAGAAACGCUGCCUGUCUGUCCUGUCCCGACUCCCGACAUGUUCAUUACUAUGGGACAGCUGGAGGUUGAAUUUGAAUAUUGAAACAAUGUUGCAAAUGUCAGAGAGACAGAGAGCAAGGU